GAAAGAAGCUGAUUGAAAAAAACACACAUAACGUAUCAGAUAUGUCCGAGUGCAUUCCUGAAGGGGACCGUAUCCACAUACAACAUAUUAAAAUGAAUUUCUGGACUCCAAACUAUAAAAGUAGUAUUUCAAUUCUGUGAGUAAUGAAGGUUUGUGUGAAAUGUACUCAUGUCAUUUCCUUCUUUCCAAGAAGCCACCUCCACCACAUGGAACUGAGAAACAGAACACAAAUUUCAGAAUUUUUUCUUCUGGGAUUUUCAGAAGAACCAGAACUGCAGCCCCUCAUAUUUGGGCUUUUCCUCUCCAUGUACCUGAUCACUGUGUUUGGAAACCUGCUCAUCAUCUUGGCCGUCAGCACAGACCCCAACCUCCACACGCCCAUGUACUUCUUCCUGGCCAACCUGUCCUUUGUAGACAUUUGCUUCACCUCCACCACUGUCCCGAAGAUGCUCUGGAACAUCCAGACCCAGAGCAAAGUCAUAACCUAUGAGGACUGCAUCACACAGAUGAACUUCUUCAUAAUCUUUUCAGUGUUGGAUGACUUUCUCCUGAGUGUGAUGGCCUAUGACCGGUUUGUGGCCAUCUGUCACCCCCUGCACUACACAAUCAUCAUGAACCCCCAGCUCUGUGGACUCCUGGUUCUGGUGUCCUGGAUCAUGAGUGUUCUGUAUUCCUUGUUACAAACCUUAAUGGUAUUGCAGCUGUCCUUCUGUACAGAGGUGGAAAUCCCCCACUUUUUCUGUGAACUCAAUCAGAUGAUCCAACUUGCCUGUUCUGACACCUUUCUUAAUGACAUGAUGAUGUAUUUUGCAACUGUGCUGCUGGGUGGUGCUCCCCUGGCUGGGGUCCUUUACUCUUAUUCUAAGAUAGUUUCCUCCAUACGUAGGAUCUCAUCAGCUCUGGGCAAGUAUAAGGCAUUUUCCACCUGUGCAUCUCACCUCUCGGUUGUCUCUCUAUUUUAUUGUACUGGCCUGGGAGUAUACCUCAGCUCUGCUGCUACCCAGAGCUCACACUCGGGUGCCACGGCCUCGGUGAUGUACACGGUGGUCACGCCCAUGCUGAACCCCUUCAUCUACAGCCUGAGGAACAGAGACAUAAAGGGCGCUCUGAGGAGAUUCUCUGCAAUGGCAGCUAUAAAAGGGCUAAUUGUCUGGCUGGAGAAUUUCCCAUGACGGCUAGCCUAAGAGGUUUAGACUCAGAAGUUGUGAUUUUUAAAGCAAAUUCUGUACAUAGAAUUUGCUUCCUUAUUUCCUGGAAGUUUUAUUUUUUUUUAACUACUCAGUACAAUUUAGUCAGUCAUUUAUUAAAUUUUUCCCUCUCUCUGAUAUCCAACAAUUUUCCCUUCAUUUUCUUUCUUUAUUUCUAAAUUGAUUCCCAACCUGUGAUAUGGAAAAAUUAGGAAUUCCCAUUUAUCUCAUUGAAUUCCUUGGGUUUCUUAAGAAUAAUUUCUUCCCAAAUGACAAAAAUCACCCCCUUCAAGAUAUCUUUAGUUUUACUAAGAGAAUAGACAUUUGUUACCAUUCUGAUGGAAAAAUUCAAUUUGGUAAGUAAGCCAUUUGUUCCUAUCCUAUCCUAUCUUAUCCUAUCCCAUUCUAUUCUAUUCUAUUCUAUUCUAUUCUAUUCUAUUCCAUUCCAUUCCAUUCCAUUCCAUUCCAUUCCAUUCUAAAUCUGAGACCACAGUUUUUCACUUUGUGUUUGCCAUUCCCUUGUGUAUCUCUACCUCCUCUUCCUGAUGAACAUACUAGUGUGUUUCAUAACAGGCCAUUGGUUUUAUUCUCCUAAUUAGGAUCCUGUUCUCUUCUGGCUGUAUGGCUUCAUGGCUGUAUGUCACCAUUGCUUACAUAGUCGCUGGCAAACUGAUUAUCAAAUACUUGUCUACCAGUGGAGUCUACACAGAAAGGAAAUUCGAAUGAAUAGAAUGACUUACUAUGCUUGUACCCCAAUGUUUAUAGCAGCACUUUCAACAAUGACCAAUGAUGGAAAGAGCCUAAAUGUCCAUCAACUGACGAAUGGAUAAAGAAAUUAUGGUUUAUAUACACAAUGGAAUACUACAUGGCAAUGAGAAAGAAUGAAAUCUGGCCUUUUGUGGCAACGUGGACGGAAGUGGAGAGUGUUAUGCUAAGUGAAAUAAGUCAUACAGAGAAAGACAGAUACCUUAUGUUUUCACUCUUAUGUGGAUCCUGAGAAACUUAACAGAAGACUAUGGGGGAGGGAAAGAAAACAAAAAGGUUAGAGAGGGAGGGAGGCAAACCAUCAGAGACUCUUAAAAAGUGAGAAUAAACUGAGGGUUGACGGAGGGGUGGGAGGGAGUGGAGGGUGGGUGAUGGGUAUUGAGGAGGGCACCUGUUGGGAUGAGCACUGGGUGUUGUAUGGAAACCAAUUUGACAAUAAAUUUCAUAUUAAAAAAAAAAGAAUGACUUACUAUGGCCUUCAAGUCAAAGAUGACCUCGAUUAUGAUAAAGCAAAUUUUAAAUUGUCCUUUGUAUUAGUAUGCACUACAUUUCUUUUCAAGUUGUACAUCUCCCAGUCAAGUAUGGAAUACCAGUGGCAAUGUUUAAGGGCAUUUAUUUGCUGGGGUGAAUGAUGGGUUAACCUGUUACAAGCAAAACACUUAUAAAUGAAAACUAUAAAAUAUUGCUGAAAGAAAUUAAAGAAGACAUAAAUAAAUGGGAUGGCAUCCUGUGUUCCUGCUUUGAAAUUUUAAGUUUUAAAUUUAAUUUUAGGAUGGGCUUAAAAAAUUU